CCUGCAACGGGCAACACCGCCGUGAAUGUCUGCUCAAACAUGCCUAUUUCUUCCCGCUCGCACCCCGCCUCAGUUCCUCUCUGUAGGACGCCACACAUUGCUCGUCUGAUGAGGUUGAGUCUCUCGCCUUAAAAGAAAGGUGGCACUCAACAUGGAGGUUCUACUCUCCAAGGUGACUCAACAGGCUAUGAACUAUGCCAUCCGAACCGGCAUCACCAUUACCAGCGGGUACGCCAUUCGGCAAUGCGGUCGCCUACUCAAGACCGUGGAGGGCCGCGAGAAGGAGGAGCUGGCUGCCUUGCAGCUACGCCUCGAGGGCAAGAUCCGAAUCAUCUCGCCUGCAAUCGACAUGAUUGAGCUCAUUGCAGCACGAGGAAACACGUCAUUAGAGUCAGCCGUGACUCUUACCAAGUCUCUUCGCUGGGACAUCCAGUCUCUCGGCGUCCGGCUUGCAAAGGCCGUCGGAGAAGAAGAGCUCGCGCGAAGGGGUAGCUCAAAGAGCAAGUCGCGUGCCCAAAACGACCUGGAGCUGAAGCUCAUCAUUUCCGAGAUCAAGAAGCUGCUCACCCGGAUUGAAGAUGCGGUGCCGCUAAUCAACCUCGCUAUUACGACCUCUGGCGUCAACCUAUCCACGAGUCUCCCGGCCACAGUAUCACCAUCAAGGCUCUUACAGGCCAGCACAUUUCUCACCGCGGGCGACGCGCAGUACAAUGUGUCAAUGCCCAGGGCGCAGCAAAUUGGCCCUGCAUUCACCCUAUCCGUAUACAUGCUCUUUGCCGGCCAUGCCUACAGGCCUCAUGAUGAAGGCAUUCGAGAGACGACGUGGAAAGAGGUCAUGCACAAGGCGCGCGUUGUCCUUUUGCGGGUGCCGCUAGACCAUGUCUAUGACUAUCCUACCCCCUUUGGACCCAACACUCGGCAAUCUGACGAAGGCGCUCAUCGCCACAUACCGGCUGAAGGACGACCGCACGAGUUUGCCUACCAGUUAUUGAUUGUGGAGGAUCUCAAUGACGACCGUGUCCACACUUUCGACGACGACGAACCCCAACCAGGUCCAUACGAAGGAGUCGAACUUGCCGGCGUACGCGAGAUUGUCCCCAUUCAUGAAAUCUCCAAAAUCUUUUACGCAGACACAGGAAAGAUUCUAAACAUUGGCACAGAGGGCGAGACAAACAACCCUAUUCUCCUCCUGAAGCGCGAUGUCAAUGCUGUUCCUCCAAGGCGCAUGAUGGAGCAAAGUGCUCUUGAAACAGAAUACGAGUCGGACAGUUCGCAUACCGUGGGCGGCUCUGACGAUGAAGCUGAGCAGUCUGAGCUAGAUGACCAGCUCCGGCGCGAAUCUACAGCCGAUCUGUCCGAUGCACCCCCGCAACAAGGAGAGCCAGACGCGCAUCCGUGGCGUCUUCCCCCAAAUCUGGACCUUGAAUGGAUGGCCUUUGAGGUCUAUACAGAAGAGCCCUCGACGGAUUCUGAUGUCGACGAGUCCGAAGCAGAUCUCUCGUCCCCUUCACCGGCCGAUUCCACACCGCAGCGCGCCGACUCUAUAUCUGCCGGCCUCGCACCCCCCUUUUCCAAGCUGAACCUACGUCCGUCGACGCCGUCACAUACGCCUCCCCCGCAGAACACGCAACUGAUACCUUCGCCGCAAAAAGCCUCUGUUCCCAUCCCUCAAUACGCUCCCAAACCUACCUCGCUCCCAGCAAUCAAGUCGUCUCUCUCCCUCCUGGAAAUGCUCAUCCGCCUGACAGCCCUCCAGCAAUUCCAACAAACCUCACACCUUGCCAUCCCCGACGAACUCCUCACCUUCUUCUUGUCGGAGAGCAGCACUGUGGGCGCAGGUGGCGACGGUGAACUCCGACGACGCGUGCGCCGCGAGGCACGCAUGAGGGUUGGCUUCGAUCCGUACGACGAGAGCCCGAUCAAGCGGCGCGGAGAAGACUAUCUCGAGCACGAGUUCCACAACGACGAGCAUGGUUACGACGACAUCUCCCACGGAGAAGGCAGGCCCUUUGACUACGAGGGCUAUCCGCACGGUAAGGCGUCGACAAUCUACUCGCGCUCCAAUUCCGCUACUCCGAUGCGCUCACCUUCACUCCCAGGCUCGUCGCCCACGUCCGGUAGCCGGUCCAAGUCGUCUGCGGAUAUUCCACUUCCGUCUCGAGAAGGGCGACCAUCGCUCUCGAAUCUGUCGUCUGCGAGCCCGCUGCUUAGACGGGCAACUACCCAGCCGAAUCAGUACAAGGGGAUGAAGCAGCCCAGCUUUCGCGGCCCGCCCACGGCGCCUCCGUCGUCUAGCUCCCCGGGGGUGAGCCAGGCUGCGGUAGGCGCACAGCGGAUGGGGAGCAACAGUGUGGCGCCGGAUACGCCGCCGAGCAGCACCGGCAAGCGGGGAUGAAGUGCACAAGGGUGUGGGUGCGGAAAGAUGAACGAUGAAAGCAGGACAUGCAUAGUAGGUGUUUGAUACCAAUUACGGUCUGAUAUUUAUGUCUUUUACAAAUAGCACAACACGGCAUAGCGAACUUAGGGUACUUAGGGUCCGCGCAAAAUACCCGCACAGGUAUAUAGAUGAAUAGAAAUCGAGUAAUAUUCACUCAAGCCC